AUGCCAGAGCAAAGUAACGACUACCGCGUGGUGGUGUUUGGCGCGGGCGGCGUGGGCAAGAGCUCCCUGGUGGUGCGCUUCGUGAAGGGCACCUUCAGAGACACCUACAUCCCCACGGUGGAGGACACCUACACGCAGGUGAUCAGCUGCGACAAGAGCGUGUGCACGCUGCAGAUCACCGACACCACCGGCAGCCACCAGUUCCCCGCCAUGCAGCGCCUGUCCAUCUCCAAGGGCCACGCCUUCAUCCUGGUCUACUCCAUCACCAGCAGGCAGUCCCUGGAGGAGCUGCGGCCCAUCUACCAGCAGCUGCUGGCCAUCAAGGGCAGCGUGGACAGCGUGCCCGUCAUGCUGGUGGGCAACAAGGCGGACGAGCCGCAGCGCGAGGUGGAGGUCCGCGACGGAGAGGCGCAGGCGCGGAGCUGGAAGUGCGCCUUCAUGGAGACGUCGGCCAAGACCAACCACAACGUCACGGAGCUGUUCCAGGAGCUGCUGAGCCUGGACAAGAGGAGGAGCAUGAACCUCAACAUCGACGCCAAGCGCUCCGGCAAGCAGAGGCGCGCCGACAAACUCAAGGCAAAGUGCAGCAUCAUGUAG